CAUGCCACACUUUCCAGAAAAACUAACCAGCAUGUUUUAUUUCUUUUCCCUUCACAAUUAAACACUGCUUAGCGUCUCUCUAUCAAAUAAAAUUCCUAUAAAUUACAUAAAAGUUUGUGGCGGUAACACAAUGUGAAAAAGUUUAACCAGAACAAAUACUUUCAGAAUGCACAGGAUGUACUGUAAUAAGUAAUGUUGCUUAAUAAUGUAAUAUUGCUUUUGCUGUGUCAUUUGGAUGACUGUAUCUAUUACCAGCUGGUAUAAGAACGGACCAUUUUGGCUUCUGUUAAAAAGCUGUUGCUGUAGUUCAUAACUGAUAGCUUUGAGUGUAUGAGUCGGAUUUAUUGAUAACUGUAUGUUUUCUGUGUGUAUGUUGCACAGCAUAAUAAAUUUUGCAGCACAGAAUCAAAUACUUUACAGUCUGCAGCUUAUCAAACAGGACAACAGGGACCAGAAUCACUGCCUGUUUGUCAUUUACAAAGUCCAGUCUUUAACAGAUUAGACAACUAGGCAAGCUAGGUUUUUGUCUAGAACUCGCUGUGCAUGUUAAUUUAAGCAUCAGAAAACCAGGAAGAGCAGGGUGAAGUUUUUAAUGGCGGGAUAAGAUGAGAAACAAUGCCUGGAAAUACUCAUAUUGUCUUGUUCUAUUUGUCUAGACCUGGCAUAAACUUUUCCAAACUGAAUAGGAACUCUGCUUCACACAAUUAACUGGGAGUCUUCAGUGUAAAACAGCCAGCCUACCUCAGUGGGAGUGGUUUAGUUCAGGAAACAGAAACUCAAAAGCCAAAUUAAAUAGUCAUGAGUGACAGAGAGACAGGUAGAGCAAGUCCACUUUUUUAUUCAGCUUUAGUUCAUAAGCACAAUGUGGGCUCUAGAUGAAGAAAAAAAUAUGGACAUAUCCGACACUCCGUGGAGUUGGUAUUAUCUGGAAGACUGUGGGAGGUGGCACAGAGUUGAGGAUGAUCCCAGCAAGUCCAUUAGGAGUCAGGACAUGGAAGAAUAUUAUUUGAGAGACUCGAAAUCCAUUAUUAACAUAAAUACGUUGAACUUCAGAAGCAAGAUUGAUUUUUCAGUGAUGUUGCAGACCGACCUCACCACAGGAAAACAAAGGCGAAUCCAACGCAACUUUAAUCUUGAGAAAAGCUGUUCCUGUUUCUGUGGACCGCCUGUUUUCUGGGAAAACUUUGAUCCUACAGCUCCUUAUCAGCUCAUCCGACUGAGUGAGCUCACCUCAGAGUAUCAGACUGUGGCAGAUUAUGUGAUCCGUGAUGGUCUCCUAUCCAAAUCCAUCGUAUCAAUAAGCAGAAUACAGAAUCUGGAACUCUGGGAAAUAUACUGCCGGAAGAAGAAACAGCUUAUGAAAAUUAAAAGUGUCCAAGAUAUUCCUGAAAGGCGCCUUUUCCACGGGACUGACACUAAAAACGUGGACAGCAUUUGCAAGUACAACUUUGAUUUAAGGAAACCUAAAACGAACGGAAGAACAUUUGGUAAUGGUAUAUAUUUUGCCAUCCAUGCAUCAUUUGCAGACAAAUACAGUACCAACAGCACACAUGAUGGAAACACUAAAAGCAUAUUUCUUGCUCGGGUGAUGAUAGGGAAAUUUAAACUUGGACAACAGGAUUUACUUAAGCCAGAUGAUGAAAACGCAUUUGACAGUUGUGUGAAUGAUGCCAAUCAUCCCACAAUAUUUAUUAUAUUUGAUCCAAAUCAAAUAUACCCGGAAUAUCUUAUAGAGUACCAAUAGCCUCACUCAACUUUAGUCAGUCUAUGUGGAUGAUAAGUCUGUCGAAUAAAUAAGUUAAUUUGUUGAAGAAAGCUUUUUAGAGUAACGUCCCAUUUGAAGCCAAUAAAUAAUUUAAAAUAUCCAAUAAUCUAAUUUAUCACAUAGUUAACAUUAAAUA